GUAAGAUAAAAGGGUAUGGUCUACAGACUUUAGCCUGGCCGGAUGGCGAAUAAUACUUUAUAAUACAAAUAAAAAAAUAUUAAUAAUAUACAUUACAUAUAUUAUUAUAUUUUGAUCGGCGGUUUUAAUUUUUCUUGAUGCUGACUUUGUGUCAUAAUUACUUUUGCGUUUCGAAUAGUAAUAAAACCAGCAAAAAUGAGGGUCAAGUAUUUAGUCGAAGAAAAUAUGCAUUUGGUAUUUUUAUUCUAUUACUGGUUGCUGUUUUAUGGGUAAUUUCUUCGGAAUUAACUAAGUACAUAUAUAUUGAGAAGAAAUUGGAAAGACCUUUUCUUGUGACCUAUGUGAGAAGUUCGUUAUUAUUUAUAUACCUCUUAGUACUGUGUUUUACUCCACCUACAAAGGAUCCAUGCCAACCAGCUGAAUACACACAACUGACAGAUGCAGUAAAUGAAACCGAUGAUGAGUAUAGUGAGGCCACAAAUAGUUUGGGUGACUCAACAUUUGUACCAGUCCGUGCAGGAGAAACAACAGAUAGUGAUGAUGUAACCCCAAGAGCCGUCCGAUUCAACAAAGUAGCUGAGGUGCGGGUCAUGUCAGCCGCGAUGGCCGGUGAGGCUUUACUCGCCCGUCUCUCGUGGUCGGCUUCACUCCGCGCCUCAGAGUUUGCCCAAAGACGUGCCGCGGCAGCAGCUACUCGACGACAUAUACGUCUCGCACUUAUAUUUACGAUACCUUGGUUCAUAUCAAAUUAUCUAUACCGGCUUAGCUUGCUCCAUACGUCGACUUGUUCCGCGACAAUUUACACGUCAACAACAAGCGCAUUUGCGCUAUCACUCGGCGCUUUAUUCGCUCAAGCACCAACCGACAGAUUCAGCUUCUCGAAAUUCUUCUCGGUUUUACUCACCGCAGGUGGAAUGGUGGUGUUAGUUUUAUCGGAAAGCCAUGGCAGUAAUUGGACGGCGGUGUUAUCGGCUCUUGGCUCUGCACUUUGUUACGCAGUGCAUUUGCUAUUGUUUCGACGGGAGUUAAGGAAAGGGGAUGGAAUUAAUUGUUUCUUACUUGUUGGUAUAGUUGGCUGUGUUUGCGGUUGUCUUAUUUGGACAUUUGGCGGUGUACUGGCACUCACGGGAGUGGAGAAGGCGGAACUGCCCUCUCCUCGUCUCUGGAGCUGGUUGCUGCUGGAUGCUGCACUUAGUCCUCUGCUUAUGGAGUCAUUGUGGCUUUGGGGUAAAUCACUAACAUCAUCGCGCACAGCAACAAGCGUGUUAAGCGCAGCAGUGGUGAUGUGUGCGUGCCUUGAGGCGUGGCGGGGUGAGGGGGGCGUGGUGCGAUCGUGUGCGGCCGUACUGGCCUCGUGCGGCUGGUUCUGCGCAACGCUGGAUAGGAGCGGUCUGCCCGCGCCUGCGGCUAGACUGCUACUCAGACUUCGGCCGACAGAUCGACUCACGACGAUACGCAACAUUUCCGAUUUGGAUGAGCAGUCCGAGGCGCUCAUAUCAGACGAUCCGACGUAACACGAUAAUUUUAAUGUCUAGAAUAAAUUGUUUGACUCGCAGCACGGAGUUUGCUGAUGCCACACUUUGCGAUUGUUUCACUUAAAAUAAUCAUUACCAAUUUGUGUUUCACUCAGCGCUUUUGCUUAUUUACAAUUUCUAAAAAAACAAGACUAAAAAUUGUCUAAGUACAGAUACCGGCAAACUUCUUGAGCAUUAAACAAGGGGGAAAGUUUGCGCAUCGUACACAAACGCAGGUCACAAACGUCAACUGAUUUACCAAUCACGCGACACGUCACUCUCCCGCCGCCCCCCCUCCCAGUGAUACC